AUGGACGACCCAAAAACCCAAAUCCCCUCCAUAAUCAAAUCCCUAACCGAAGGGUCCCCAUCCGCGCAACACCACGCCCUGCAAACCUACUUCCACUCCAGCGCAUCAUUCACCCACCCCCUCUGUCGCGUCCCGUCAUUCUCGCACAUUUCGCUCCCGUUCGUGGGAGAGAUAAACUCGCGAUGGGUGGUUGGCAUGAUAUACCGAUGGUACAAAAUCCUAAGUCCGAGGAUUGUGUUGGAUGUAGAAGUUGUUGAGUUCAACAAAGACACAGACAUAAUAUUCCUAAACAUCCACCAAAUCUUCUCCCUCUUCUUCGUCCCCUUCUACAAAUCAAACGUCCAUCUCACCACCGUCCUCAACCUAGUCCAGCUCCCCGACCCAGCGCAGCGAGCCGAAGGUAAAUACUACAUCAUCCACCAAGAAGACCUCUACCAAACCGACGAAGUCGUGAAGUUCUUCUGGCCGGGCGGAAGUACGGUGAUAUGGGGGUUCCAGAUGUUCGCGACGUGCAUGUGUAUACUGGGUGCGUUGGCGCUGGCGCCGGUUACGUGGGCGGCGGAGAGGAGGGCGAGGGGGAAGGUCAAUGGGGUUGGUGAGGGGAAAGGGAAGGUUAAUGGGAUUGGGAAAAGGGCGAUUAAUGGGGUCGGGGUUGGGAAGGGGAUGUGA